AUGACAGAAAAGAAAACUUCAGCUGAUUUCCUACGCUUACAAAAUAGGAAUAAUUAAUUUAAAAAAUGUUAAGAUUGUCUCAAUAUUACCUUAUCUAAGGGUCCAAUUGCAAACAUAUUUUUUAAAAUGGAAUAAGCGUAUUCUCAUAUUUCAUUUUUAGAUUAUGUUCCAGUUGCAUCAAUUCAAAUCUCUAUAUAGUACCAAAAACUUAAGAAUUUUAAGAUGCAGAAACUUUUCCCUUUACAGUAUACAAAAAGAUAUUGUGUAAAGUACAUAAACAUGAAUAAAGAUUAAAAUGCUAGGAAUGCUCUAUUUAUUUAAAUCAAAAAAAUUAUGCCAAAUGUCCCUUCUGUGAUUUUAGCAUUUUUAAAAGAAAUUUAAAAAAAUGGAGUUUGUAAUUAUUCUAUAGCUAUUAUAGAUUAUACCCAAUUCAUCAAUGCUAAGUCUGCAACCAUUUUUAAUGUUUGAAAUGUAAAUCGGUUCCUGGAAUUAUGGGAAAUGAUGCUAUAGAGUGUUACACUUGUUCAGAAAGAAGUUAAGAUUAAUUUUUUCACAUAAAACACACACUUAAAUAAAUGAAUACUCUUAAAGGCAUAUAAUUUCUAUUAACCAUUUUUUGUGUCGCUAUUUUUACACCUAUUUCGAUUAUGGGCAAAGCAACUUCAAUUACACAAGAGAUCAUUCAGUGGAAACCCCUUUCCUAGGUGACUUUCAGAUAAUACUUGUUCAAAUUACUUUAUACCAUUAUAAUGGGACCCUUCUUAUGGUUAUGGAUAUAUCUAAGAUACUUUUGUCAUUUUUAUUGGUAAAGCUAUUAAGAUAAUGUUCGUCUCUUGUAUCGCUAAAUGAUACCUUAACCUUGA